AUGCCUGGCCUGGUCUGGUCCGACAAGCGCAGAGUGUUACAGGUCGGGGACGCAAUGUACCCGUUCGGCAUCGACCCUGCUUGGCACGGGGCGAAGAACGAGCUGGUCUACAUGAAUUCGAUGAAAAUGAAGAUUUCCGUCGUGCUUGGGGUGACGCAGAUGUGUUUAGGGCUGCUCCUGCGCGUGCUCAACACGUGGCACGAGCGCAGCGGGCUGGACUUCCUCUUCGAGUGCGUGCCCAUGACGGUCUUCAUGGUCUGCUUUUUCGGCUUCAUGGACUACAUGAUCCUGUACAAGUGGGUCGGCCGUGGCCAGCGCCCGCAGUCCACGACGAGGCUGCCGACCCCGGAGAGGUUCACCAGAGCCGUCGACCACGCCAGUACAAGCGGUGGCAAGCAGUCGAAGAGUGGCAAGGGCAAGGACAAGGACAAAGAGAUCGGUUCGGUCCCCGCAUCCUCGCGGGACGUCCCAUCCUUGUUGCAGCUUGCAGCCAAGUGCACGGACAACGAGGAGCUGAGGAAGGUUCUGCAGGGCGAGGAUGACGAGGAGCUGCAGCGCACGGCGGAGAAGAUCUCGGCCGCAAAGCUGAUGGCCCAGCGCAAGGUACUGGAGGAGCAGGCUGCGAACGCUGCCAAGUCAGUCGGCAAGGGCAAGGGCGGCGGCUCGGUCGACGCCGACGUCCUGGGCAAAGGCAGCGGUCGGAGCUGUUGA